CUGGGGGAGAAGUUUAACUUUGAUUACCAGACUAAAGUGGAUGGUGAGGUUUUGCUCCAUUUGUAUGACCGCUUUGGUAUCCAGAAGAUGGCCUCUCUCCUGGAUGGCGUCUUUGCUUUUGUCCUGCUGGACACAGCCAACAGAAAGGUCUAUCUGGGAAGAGAUACGUAUGGGGUCCGGCCUUUGUUCAAAUUCCUAACAGACAAUGGAUUCCUUGCAGUCUGCUCAGAAGCCAAAGGCCUUACAAACCUUACACAUGCAAUGGACACUCCUGCCAACAUCGUCCCCUUUCUUCCUGGGCACUUUGAGGUCUUUGAUUUAAAGCAGGAUGGCAAAGUUCGGUCCAUUAAAAUGGAACAGUUUCACUGCUGCACAAAGGAGCCCGCUCAUGCCAUCUACGACACUGUGGAGAGACUGCCUACAAGUUUUGAGGAGGAAAGAGUGAAAAGGACCAUCAGAACCCUGUUUGAGAAUGCUGUGAGGAAACGUCUCAUGGCUAACAGAAGAAUUGGCUGUCUGCUGUCAGGUGGUCUGGACUCCAGUUUGGUUGCUGCUACACUGGUGAAGCUGGCCAAGGAGGAGGAGCUGGAGUAUCCCAUUCAGACCUUUUCAAUCGGGUCAGAGGACAGUCCAGACAUCAAAGCUGCUCGCAAGGUUGCAGAUCACAUUGGCAGUGAACACUACGAGGUGAACUUCACUGCGGAAGAAGGAAUCCAAGCUGUAGAGGACGUCAUCUUUCACCUGGAGACCUAUGACAUCACCACCGUACGUGCCUCUGUUGGGAUGUACCUGGUUUCAAAGUACAUCAAGGAGAAGUCAGACAGUGUGGUGAUCUUCUCCGGAGAGGGUUCUGAUGAGCUGACUCAGGGAUACAUUUACUUCCACAAGGCUCCAUCUCCCAAAGCAGCUGCAGAGGACAGUGUUCGUCUGAUGAAGGAACUCUACCUAUUUGAUGUCCUCCGUGCUGAUCGCACAACUGCUGCACACGGUCUGGAACUCAGAGUGCCUUUCCUGGACCACAGAUUCACAGCGUACUACCUUUCUCUGCCUGAGGAGAUGAGGGUUCCUAAGAACGGCGUUGAAAAGCAUCUUCUGAGGGACUCCUUCAAAGGUCUCAACUUGAUCCCUGAUGAGAUCCUGUGGAGGCGCAAAGAGGCCUUCAGUGACGGUAUGAUGUCUGAGAAGAAGUCCUGGUACACCUGUUUGCAGGACCACCUAGAGUCUAUGGUGAAUGAUGACCAGAUGGAGAAGGCUUGUAAGACAUUCCCUCACAACCCUCCAUGCACCAAAGAGUCCUACUACUUCAGACAGGUGUUUGAGAAGCACUACCCAGGCCGGGCUAAGUGGCUCUCCCAUUACUGGAUGCCACGAUGGAUCAACGCCACCGACCCAUCGGCUCGGACCCUGUGUAUCUACAAACCUGAUAAAGAUCAAUGAGCAGCUCUGGAACAGCUGUGUGUGUGUCAGUCAACAAUAUGUUGGUCUUCUUAAAACAUUCUGUGUCAUACUUUACUUUGUUCAACUCAGAUUAAAAAUAGUUGAGGUUUUGUGAAGUGGGGUUGUAUGAGGUACUUAUCCAUAGUCGCUGUAUUGCCUGCAGUAAAAAACCUUAUUUUAGCCAGAUAAUCUGUGAAACAAUCAGGUUCCUCUGUCUCCUCCUAGUGCUGCUAAUGGUAUUUGCAAGAAUCUUCCGGGCCUGGAUGAAAACAACCAAUCAAUGCAAAGAAAGAUAGGUGAUUGUUGAGUCUCCUUCCCGUGUCGUCAAAUACAGAAGCUCUGGGACCCUGGAAAUAAGACUCAACAAUCGACUAUCUUCAAACUUCCAACCCAAAGCGUCUUUAUUUCUUUCUUGGCUCUGAUUGGUUGUUUUCGUUGCAGCCCAGUAGAUUUUUGCAAAUACCAUUAGGAGCACUAGGAGGAGCCAGAGGAACUUGAUUUUUUCACAGAUUAUCUGUUUUAUGUACUACUGUCAGAACACACUUCAAAUCAGUCACCCUUUUACAGCUAAAUCAUCAACGUCUGACAAAGACCAGCUAACACUUACUCAGCCAUUUUACAAAGCACACAAUUAGUUACUAGUUGUGUUCCCUACUUUCCAGGCAGCCAUUAGUUAAAGUUAAUUUCAUGACUCAGAGAUGAAAAUGAACUUGCAGGGAUUUGAAAGUUGUUUGAGAAAGCUGAUCCAUCACAGUGAACACCAUCAUCUUUUGGGCACUAUGAUAUAUUAAUAUAUAUUUGAGGGGCAUGUCUGUGAAGCCUCAGCCAACUAAAACAUUCUGAGCCUGAGCUUUAGUGUCAUGGAUUACAUGCUGUUACACUGCUUUCCUUGUUGUGUCAAUAUUUUAUUUUCAAAGGCACAAAAAUGAUCAGUAACCAAUCUAAAAAACAAUGGGCCUUGAACGCCACAUCCAUCUUGUCAUGUUACAGAACCAUGUAAGGUUACCCUUUUAGAUAUGGUGGCCUCAUAAAUGACCGUAGACAUGAUGAUAAAUAUAUUUUAAUAGCUUCAUACUGAUCCUUCAACUUAUCUAAAUUAGAUGUCUAUUUGGGAGAUAUAUUUUCUCAUGUUUCUAUGUAGGUUUAGGGUGUAACCUCUAACGGAUUACUGUAUUCAGAGCUGUUAACACCAAAAAGGUUGAUGCUCCAGCUUGUUGACUAGUAUCUUAUGCAAUUUGUGUGAAAGACAUCUUACAGUUUCUCACGAAUGGAGGUGACUCAGUGAGUGAAGCUGGCAUUAGGGUUUCAUGCUGAUUAAUGACACCUCUGCUGUUCUUCACUGGGAACUAGAUGUUCGGUUAGGACUGGCUAUGCAAGUGUGUGGCACAGGCACAUCAUGUUAAAGCUGCAGGUAACUUUCAUAAAAAUAACUUUUUGUCAUAAUUGCUGAAACUUUUACUAUAUUCUGACAGUAGACCAUGAUGGCCAGACCAUGAUCUGUGGGGGGAACAAUCAAUCGGAGCCAAGAAAGUUAUAGAUACUUUGGGUUGGAAGUUUGAAGACAUUUGACUGAGUGUCAUUCCCAGGGUGCCAAGGAGUGUUUAUUUCAAUCCCUGAGAAUGAGACUCAAAAAUCAGCUAUCUUUCUUGGCUCUGAUUGGUUGGUCUCAUUAGUAGCACUAGGAGGAGACAGAGGAACCUGAUUUUUUCACAUAUCUGUCUCAUGUGCUACUGUCAGGAUAUAGUGAAAGUUUCAGCAAAUAUGACAAGUUAUUUUCAUAACUUACCUACUGCAGUUUUAAGUUAGGCUUGAGCGAUAGGGUAUUUCGCUCAACCCUAGUUGGAGUGUGGAGAUGUGAACUACAGGAAAUGGAUGCCUGACAAUAUAUUGCAAUUCAGUAACCGGUAAGCAUUGAACCUUGAGGAUCAUUUGAACAUAGUGAGCUUCAUAGUUGUGAAUAAUUUAUUGCAACUCUGUUUUAUUGGAUUGCAUUAUAUUUUUAGUUUUUUUGUCCAUGAUCUGCCUAACUAGAUUUUUCCGUAUUGUUGGAGUUUCGUACUAAUCGCUGCUAAAAUAAAUUCACCUCUUGGAACUGGA